CGCUCGCCGUGUAAAUAGUGGACUAGUUAGUCAAGGCUUAGCCGGAUCGCCUCACAGACUUCGUUGAACGGUAAACGAGAGAGGGCGUGAGAGAGAGGCAAUGGCAACGGGGAGCCAAGGUGACGGAAGAGGCAGCGCCGGAGAGUCGUUGUUGCAGCAGCACAAGGAGAAGCACUUCACCGCAGGGGAGAUGGUCAGGGACGCCAUCAUCGGCGUCUCCGACGGACUUACCGUCCCGUUCGCCCUCGCCGCGGGCCUCUCUGGCACCAAUUCCUCCUCUUCGACUGUUCUCACCGCCGGGAUCGCGGAGGUCGUCGCCGGAGCAAUCUCCAUGGGCCUCGGAGGAUUUCUGGCGGCUAAAAGUGAAGAAGAUCAUUACAACCGUGAAUUGGAAAGGGAGCAGGACGAGGUCAUAAAACUUCCAGACACAGAGGCUGCGGAGAUCGGAGAGAUCUUUGCGCAGUAUGGAUUGGAACCGCAUGAGUACGCUUUGGUGGUGGCAGGCCUUCGGAAAAGACCUCAAGCUUGGGUUGAUUUCAUGAUGAAGUUUGAGCUGGGCCUCGAGAAGCCAGAGCCGAAGAGGGCAAUACAGAGUGCGCUGACGAUUUCCAUAGCUUACGCGGUGGGGGGAUUGGUGCCGCUCAGCCCGUAUAUGUUCAUUCAUGAGUCGUCGAGGGCCAUGGUGGUGUCGGUGGCCGUCACCCUGGUCGCGUUGCUCUUGUUCGGGUACGUGAAGGGGCGUCUCACGGGGAGCCAGCCCAUCAAGAGUGCCCUCCAAACGGCCAUUAUUGGAGCCAUCGCUUCCGCUGCUGCCUACGGCAUGGCCAAGGUCGUCGCAGCCUGACCCUCUCUCCCUCAACUGAUCAAAUUGAAAGGCCUGUAUCUGUGGAGUCUUCUAAUGGAGAAGUCUUCCGGUAUUUCCGUUUGGAAUUCUUUUUUUUUUUCUUCUUACUAUGCGCUACAGUUGAAGGCUUGAAGCAUCACUUCUGGUGUAUCACCAACAAUUCGAAUUCGAGAAUAAGACCACCUCCAUUCACUCAAA